AUGUGUUUUGGGCGCGCAAUGUUAGCGAUUUUAUUGUAUUUAAAUGUCUGUCAGACGGAUUUUGGUGCAGUGCGCUGUUUUGUCUCUACAAGACACAUGCAUGUUUUAUCCGUGUUGUAAAUGCUGCUUCUCACGGAUAGACGUUCAACAACAUGACCUGAAAAUAUGCAGAUGCUCCAAGUGUGGUUACAACUGUCUGAGGGAAGAGGUUGAUUACAGAUACCGCCUGUCACUGAGGGUGUCCCGGGACACCUGUAUAUUUGGAGUCACAGUUUUUGGAACAUGCUUGAAUCAGUUCUUCGGCAUUCAUGCAAGUGGUUUACAGAGGUUUGUAGAGGACUUGGAUUAUCCACCUGAAGCACCAACCAGAUCCAGAUUGUUGGUAAAGGCCGUUGAGGACUGUUUCAUUGGAAGACAUUUUAUCUUUGGGAUAAAGGUCACUGAUGCAGAAAGUGGUCCAUGGUUCAGAAGACAUGUUAGCUCUGCUAAUGAAGACAUGGCCCAGUUUAUAGCCAGUCAGAUGCUCCUCCCAAAGCCUGCAGUCCUGGGAAGCUGCACAGUGAUCAGUUAUUACAAAGUCCUUCUUCAGAAAGUUGCUGAAUAUUUGCAAGGAAAUGCUGAUCCCAACAAAACCUCCAGACUCAUAGCAGAAAUACCACUGCUGAUUUCCCAUCAGCGUCCAGACAACAGCUCCAGUAAUUCCACAUUCCUUGCCUUGGGGCUUUUAUCUCAAUCACUUCAAAGGUCACAGCACCAAGACUACACUCUUAAUCCCACCCCUCCAUGGCAACAAUCACUGGGCCUUGUUACUUCAUCAGCAGAACAGGAUGAGAGUUGCAGUGCCCUCGACCGUGAUGACAAGAACGAAGGACAGACAAACAACAAAAGUGUAUCUUGCCAUGCAGAGAAAACCUGUUUGGAGGAUAAUAAUGAUACAGAGUUAAUUCAUUUUUCUUUAGAGAGCUUUUCAGAUAGUAAUUCAUCACUGACCAGUUCAUUGAUGGACAAGGCUGACAGUAACACCCCCCUGCUGACCACUUGGUUCAGUCCAUCCCUGUCACAUGAGAGAAAACCUUUUCCAGUGACCCCCAUUGCGAAGAGAUUAACGUCUGGACAUCACAGCAAAACAUCUUUAUCAGGUGUCUUGGCUUGGGAUGAUUUGCCUUUCUCUGAGAGUCUUACAGAGUUUUUGCAGGAGGAAGACAAAUUGUGUGAAAGAGUUCAUCAGACAGAACCGAAUCUAAAUGUGCAAACUCAGAGUGAAGCAGCAACAAAUGACCUGCAAAUCAUAAAAUCACAAAACGACAAAUCAAUGAAAUCUGUUUCAGUUCACAAAAGCAACAGGCGCUCACAGGACAUGUUAUUCGACAAAACGGAGGCACCUGCAGUGAGUCAUGAAAGGGACUUGAUCCAGUAUUUAUCUGACCAGAGCAAUAAGGAGCCCUUUGGAUGUCUGAAAAACAGUCAAGCCAGCCAUCUUUGUUUCUGUGGGCAAGAGGAGUCUCAUGAGUCUUUGUCUUCAGGCAAAAGCAGCAGUGAUCAUGUUGAAGAGGAUGUCUAUGAUUGUUCAGCAGACCUAUUCAGCACCUCACUUGACAGUGAUAUGAACAGAAAGGCACCUGACCAAGAAGAAACUGUGAUACAGGUGCACAUACACAGAAGAACGCAGACAGUCAAUGCAGAAACAAGCCAACUUCUUUCCUCACCAGAAACAGAUCAGGGAUGGUGUGAAAAAGCCAACACAUCGUCUUCAGCAACACCAGAAAAAGGUCUCAAUGAGAAAUUACAAGAUGUCACAAAUGUUAACAGUGAUAAACUCACCAGUGUAGACAUGAUUCAUUACAGUUAUUCACAGUCUUUUGAUUUUAUCCCAUCGUCUCAGUCCACUCCCAUUGUAAAGGUGGCUGCUUUUACCCCAAGAAAUGAAACAUCUACUCAAAAAGACAGUUGGACAGAGAGUGCUGGUGCAAACUUAGUGUGCAGUGUGACAUCUAGCAAAUACAGCCAGACCUUCACCCCGAAGAGAAAGUUCUGGAAGGGGAACAAGUAUCAGUGCAAUCUACUGGCCUGCAGAAAACGGGCUGAGCCUACAGGAGUCCAUGAGUGUGAUGUGACUGCCUGUGACAAUGACGAUACUCAGUUAAUAGUUCCGCCCACUACUGUGAAAACGCAAGUACGUAUGAAAGCCAGAAUGAGAAAAUUGGCUGCUAACCAACGCUGCACCUUGUGUUUCACUCAGGAGGGGCAGCAGGAAAAGAAAAACAGUCAUAAAAGAACUUUGUUGGAUAAAUGUUCGGUAUCACCGAGAGCUCUGGCACAAACAGAAACCCAUGUAUUUUGUCAGAUGCAUGGCAGUGAGACAGCAGAGUGUGAUAACACAACAGUCAAUGAGGGGAAUCUGGGGGAAUCUAAUGGCCACAUCAGUGAGGCGUGUGAUUGCUCAAGGGAUUUGUUCUCUGACUCUGUCUGAGAAAUUCACGAGCAGAUCUUACAAAAAAAAAAAAAAAAAUUAUCAUAAGCUCACUCACUCAGACUUUGGUCUUGGCUCUGGCCUAGCC